UGGACAGCUGAUUUCAGAGUGCCACGGACUUGUUUUUCUUCACGUGAUUCUGAAAACAAAUUGUUAUCACUAUUGAAAAGACUUAGGAUCAAAGUACAUAUUGUAACAGAGUUAAUAUAGUUUUGAUUCCAAGAAAGCCAAUGGGAUGCAUAGCCUGACAAUUUGGCGGGAAAUAGAAAAGGCGGUAAAAGUGUCCACAAAGGUUAUGCAUGCAAUCCAUACCGAUAUAAUCAAUCGGAGCGAAUUUGAGCCGCAUCAGAAGAAAGCCCGCACGAUGCCAGCUGAAGACGUUACCCUUGAGUUUGCCAAACUAACCGACAACGCCUUCACUCCUACCAGAGGAUCAAAGGAAGCCGCUGGAUACGAUUUAUAUAGUGCCUACGACUGCACAGUUCCAAAGAGUGGAAAGGGUAUAGUAAAGACUGAUAUUCAGAUAGCACUACCACACGGCUGCUAUGGUCGAAUAGCUCCAAGAUCUGGCUUGGCUGCAAAACAUUUUAUUGACGUUGGUGGUAAGGAGCUUGGAGUGUCUCGGAGCGACGGCAGCUUAUCCCUGAUCUGCUGUAGAUGGGGAGCGGAUUCCGGCGGCGGCUUGGUCUUGGCUGGCUGGGUGGUCGGUGAUGUUGCCUUCCUUUUCGUCGCCGGAACAACAAGUCCAUGUGGCGACUCGACGGGAGCGGUCGUUGUUGACCGCUGCACAGGAGUCGUCGUCUUUGGGGUGGAGGUCGAAGUAGGUGGUGGCACACUCGUCCGUUUGAACCUCAUGAUGUCCUGGGUGGUGUACGGCCGUUCCGGGGAUGCAGACUCCACAAGUGGUUGCGUCCUCUCCGGAGGACUCGGCGGGGGCGUGAAGAAAGGUGAUCGUAUUGCACAACUGAUAUGUGAGCGAAUUUUCAUCCCGGCUCUUGUGGAGAAAAUUAAACUGGAUGACACGGACAGAGGACAUGGUGGUUUUGGAUCAACGGGCCAGAAAUGAAAAAAAAAUCAUGUUCAUUGGAUGUGAUGAAAAACUAUUCUGCUCGCCAAGAUUGGUCGAAAUUAUGUCUAUAACUGACUUUUUACUUAGCUGCUGAAAUUAUGCAUUUACUAUGCAGUAUUUUUAGGGUGUGUGUGUGUGUGUGAAUUCCUCACGAUGGGACCAACAAAUGUCUUUUAAAAAACACACUCAAACAACUUAAAAAAACCCUCACUGUUAUCUAAAUUUGAUGGAAAAUUGUGGACCUUUGCAAAUUUGGGGGGUGCAUAUGCACCGUCAAACACACACACACACACACAUACGCACAUGCCUGAUUUGUAGAUGCACAUUUCAAUAUUAAAAAGUUGCAAAUGA